CCACAGUUCAGAAUGAAGAUGUUGUGUUUUCUGGUCCUCCUGGGUCUACACAGCGCAGCAGCAGUGAUUCACUCUAUGAAGUGUUUCAUCACUGCGUCCUCUCAAGUCCCAAACUUCCCAGAGUUUGUGGCUGUUGCUAAAGUUGAUGAUGUUCAGACUGAAUACUAUGACAGCAACAUCAUGAAAGUAGUACCCAAACAGGACUGGAUGAUCAGAAUCAUGAAAGAUGAUCCAGAUUACUGGAAGAGUCUAACUAAAAGGCGUAAGGAUCAACAGCAGCUCUUCAAAGGCUACAUUGAAACUUUAAAGCAGCACUUGAACCAAACUGGAGGUGUCCAUGUUUUACAGAUGAUGUACGGCUGUGAAUGGGACGAUGAGCCUGCAGAUAUACAAAAUGGAUUCACUUGCAUUGGUUAUGAUGGAGAAGACUUCCUAUCAUUUGACCUGAAGACAGGGACAUGGAUCACUCUAAAACAACAGGCUGAAAUCACUAAACUGGAGUGGGACACUGACAAAGCUAAGACUAUAUGUUUGAAGCAUUACCUCAACCAUAGGUGUCCUGACUACCUGGAGAAGUUUGUGAACUACGGGAGGAACUCUCUGAUGAGAACAGACCUUCCCUCAGUGUCUCUCCUCCAGAAGACUCCCUCCUCUCCAGUCAGCUGCUUCGCUACAGGUUUCUACCCUAACAGAGCCGAGAUGUUCUGGAGGAAAGAUGGAGAGAAGCUUCAUGAAGACGUGGAACUUGGAGAGAUCCUCCCCAACCAUGAUGGAUCCUUCCAGAUGAGUGUUGACCUGAACCUUUCAUCGGUCACACCUGAAGACUGGAGGAGGUACGAAUGUGUGUUUCAUCUCACUGGUGUGAGGGACAUCAUCACUAAAAUGGACAAAACAGCAAUUAAGACAAACUGGAGAAAGACUGGAAAUGAUGGAGGGUCCCUUCUUGGUGCUGUCAUUGGACCUGUUAUUGUACUGCUGCUACUGGAUUUCAAUCAGCAAAAACAGCUUCAGACACUUCAGGACCAUCAGUUGAAGUUUCAGUUCCUGACGCCUUUGAUCCAACGUUUCUGGAUCAAGUGGCUCCUAAAGUUAAAUGGAGGUGGCCUGAGAGUGGAGGCUGCGGCGGCAGCAGUGGAUGCCUGCGGCCAGGACCUCUUGGGUAUCAGUUGA